GUUGUUGUGUUGACAGAAACACCGCUAAAGAAGCAAUUGGAAAUUAACGAUUUUACUCAUGCUAAUGGAAUACAUUUUAUUUCAACUGAUAUUCGCGGUCUUUUCGGCGUGGCUUUUACCGAUUUUGGACCACGAUUCACUGUCACUGACACCACGGGUGAGAAUCCAUUAACAGGAAUGGUCGCUGCAAUCUCAAAAGACAUCGACGGAAUUGUAACGUGUCUUGAUGAAUCGCGACAUGGCCUGGAAGAUGGUGAAUAUGUGACUUUUACUGAAAUUAAGGGUAUGGAAGAAUUAAACGAUUGUGAACCAAGAAAAAUUAAAGUACUGGUACAUUUCAAUAAUUUAUAUAUUGCCUUGCAAUUAGGUCCUUACACUUUUAGUAUUGGUGAUACUUCAAACUUUGGUGACUAUAUUGGUGGUG